UUAUCCGGUGAAUUCCGAGUUCGCGUUAUUCGCUUAUCGCCGAUUUCUUCUCCGUCGCUCUCCGCCGAGCCGAACCCUAAUGUCGUCGGCGGUCAUUAAAUAACGACACGGUCUAAUGAGGCGCCGACGCAAAGAGGGGAAACGAGGCGAACGAGAGAGAUAAGAAGGGAACGGAGGAGUAGAGUUUGAUCCUGUAGAUGGAGAGGCGGGAUGCUGCGCCGACGAGGCCGCCGAACCCGGGGCCGGGGGUGCCUUACCGAGAGGACUGCUGGAGCGAGGGGGAAACCUCCGUGCUUUUCGACGCCUGGGGUGAUCGCUACAUCGAAUUCAACCGAGGGAACCUCCGGCAGAAGCAGUGGCAAGAAGUCGCCGACGCCGUUAACUCCCGACGCGGCGCCGGCCGCCGACCGUUGCGCACCGACGUCCAGUGCAAGAAUCGGAUCGACACGCUCAAGAAGAAAUACAAGGUCGAGAAGUCCAAGGUUGCUGACGGCGGCGAGAGCCAGUGGCCCUUCUUCUCCCGCCUUGAUGACCUCAUUGGAUCCGCCCUACCUCCGAGCUCCGAGAAGCAAUCCAUGUCUCCGCCACCUCUCGCUCAUCCGAUGCCUUCGCAUCGAAAAGGCUCUGCCUUGCCCGUUGCCUCCGCCGUUCGACCAGCGGAGCCAAAGAAAAAGCCUGGGGUUGCUAUUUCCGCAGCUGUAGACAACGCUUUCUUCAGGCGUGCUGCUGCUGCGGCGGCUGCCGCAGCUGCAGACGAUGAUGACGACGAUGAGCAGGAGAAGGAAGAUGAUGGUUCAGAUUCGUUAUCAAGGUCGUCGUCAAGGUCUGGUAGAAGAUUGAAAAGGGCGAGGGAAGAAGAGGGCAGCGGCGUUCGCGAACUGGCUAAGGCAAUCAUGAAGUUUGCUGAGAUAUAUGAGAGAGUGGAGGAAUCAAAGCAAAGACAGAUGAUUGAGCUGGAAAAACAGCGGAUGGAGUUUGCUAAGGCGUUGAUGUUCCAGAAGGUGCAGAUCAUCGUGGAUUCGCAGAUGCAUCUUGCCAAAAUUAAGCGUUCGAAGCGAUCUGAUACUGGUAAAAGAGUUGAUCUUUCACUCCACCCUACCCUAGCCCAUUUGUAGACAGUUAUGUGGUGGACUUGGAAGAUUCAUCCAGAAACGUUUUAGCUUGUUGAUCAGAAGCAUAUAGAGGGCCCGUAGUUCAGUAGCUUUAGGAACGUUUGAAUUAAUUUAGUAAACUUCUAGCAAGAUUAUUCAGUACCUGAGAGGAUCUCUGAGAUUUGAGAAUGCUACUAGUUGCCCUGGAUACAAAGUCCAAACCUUGAUAAGGAUAUUGGAAGUGGGACAUCCAAUUACUUUUAAUGCACGUGGAGUGUAGUGUGGGACUUCAUUACCAUGUAACGUAAUAUAGUGCUAAUGGAUAGGACAAUGACUAAUGAGGGCCGGAAUAGAUUUUGACAUGAGCACGUGAAUCGUGUGAUUCCUUGACGGCUUCUUCUGCCUACUAAUUAGGAUUAAGGCACCGAUAUAGAAGGAGGUAACAUUGAACAUCAGCCGUUCGAUCAGCAUAACUUUUUGACUUGUACCUAGGGUCAACGCCAACUUGGCGGUAGGUUCUCAUGAUCCUUAGAUUGUGUGAAUCCAUUAUCCAGUCCCUGGCCCCACCAAUGCGUCUAACAAUCUGUCUCACCCAUUAUAAACACCCCCACCACUUCCCUCAGUUCCCUCCAUUCGAUUGAAGCUCUACUGGCUGACUCAGUUUCCAUGCAUGCUCCUCCCAUGGACGACAACAACUGGGAUCUAUUCGCCGUGGUCAGAGCCGCCAGCUCCUUCGCCAUUAGCGACUCCUUAUCCAACUCCAAGGAGGAGGCUGUACGCGUUUCUAAAGACGAGGACGACGGCCUUUUCGGCUUCUGUGAGCUACAGGAUCCCAUAGAAUUCCAUCGACGAGCAUUCAAACAGCAGCAAGUGAUCUCUGAUAGUCAGCAGAGCAGACGAGCCGAGAGGUUGAUUACCCGUUCCAAACUAAGGUACAGAUCGAGUCACUUUGCGACUCUCGCCUACCGUUCGGUAACUGUGGACGCCGGUGAACUUGAUCGCAGGAAGAAUCAGCAGAAGAAGGUGACCUGCCAAGUGCCGGCGGACGGCGCCCAGCCGGACCUGUGGGCAUGGAGGAAGUACGGGCAGAAGCCCAUCAAGGGCUCCCCUUAUCCACGGGGAUACUACAGGUGCAGCAGCUCGAAGGCGUGUGAGGCGAAGAAGCAGGUGGAGCGGAGCAGGGCGGAUCCGGAGAUGUUGCUCAUCACUUACACGGCGGAGCACAACCACCCCGCCCCCGCCCAUCGGAACUCGCUCGCCGGAACCGCUCGCCGGAAGCAAAUCCUUCCGUCGACGAUCUCGCCCGGCCAGGAACCGGCGAACGGCCGCGACGUGCACUUUUUGGAGGGCAGUGGGAACUUUGACGAUCAUUUCUAUCGUUCGACGACGGCGCUGACUCUCUUCGAUCCGCCGGCGCCGGAUGACGGCCGCUCGUUGAGUUCCAUCACUUGAUUUGAAUGAUGUAGCCGUCGAGCAGGUUUAAGGAUAACGAAUUGUAUGCCUCCGCAAGCUUUAAAACGAUCUAUGGCUGCGCAAGCAAUCCGGCGUAAGAUCGCAACGAAAAAUAGUAAAAUUCCGGUGGAGGUCAACUCGCUGAAACAGAGAUUUUUAAAUAUUUAGGAAAUGGGUUGGCAGAUCUACCCAUGAAAUUGUUGUAGUUGCACUGUAGAACAAACCGGAUUUGAGUUUGAACCUUAUGUAUCCUUUUUCGCUAUCGAAUUGCAAAAGGAAUAUGAAAUU